CCUGAACUUUAAACUUCUUCACUAAUUUAUCUCUGACCUGUCUGUUGAGUUCCUUGGUCUUCAUUAUGCUGUUUGUUCACUAGUGUUCUCUAACAAACCACUUCAGGUCUUUACAGAACAGGUGUAUUAUUAUACUGAGACUAAAUUACACACAGCUGGAUUCUGUUAUCUAAUUAAGUGACUUCUAAAGGCAGUUGAUCUAACUGGAUUUUAUUUAGGGGUUUUAGAGUAAAGGGGUCUGAAUCACUUAAAAUCUCAAUAAAAUACAUUUAACUCUGUGAUUGUAAGGUGACAAAAUGUAAAAAAGGGUUAGGAAUACUUUUGCAAGCCACUAUAUAUAUAUAAGAACCAGGAACAUUAGAAAUGUAAGCUGGAAGCUGAAAGCUGAUGACUGAUCCUGUGACACUUCCUGGAAAACGAAACAUAAAGGUGCGUAAAGGUGUGUUGUGUCAUUUUUAAAGGAGUGGUGAGACAGCACAGCCUGCACUUUACGCUUCAUUUCAGUGAGGACUAACAGACUAUCUUCAGACUAUCUCCAUUUGGAACAAUGUCAUCUGGGAAUCUGAGUACAAUGCAAAUGGAAAAGGAAGCCAGAAGGAGGAAAUUUUAUCAGGAUAAAAUAAGAAACAGAGAGAGCCUGAAAUCAUGUGGCAUGAAUUUAAUCACUACUGUCGAAAAGACAAUCACAAACCAUAGCCGGGAAGCUGAAUUACUGAAGUACUUCAAUGAGAUGCUUCACAGCAUUUUCUUCCUGGGAUACAUCCAUGAAUACCGCUUACAUCCCAAAGAUUUUGUUUCAACUGAUGAAGUACACAGAAGUUUAAGUUGCAAAUUUCCUGAGCCAUUUAUAAUGUACAACAGUCACCUGCCAACUCGCACACCCUUUUCUAUCCUGCUUGAGAUGAUGGAGAUACUCUAUGAGACUGAAGAGAGAAUAAAACAGGAGCUUGCAAUUCUGUUGAAGAGCAUGAAAUUUCCAAACCCUCUACACAAAGAAGGCAGUAAAUACGAGCAAUAUUACACACUGGAGUCAACAGUGAUCUGUGUUUGUUACUCCAAUUUGGAUUCACGGAAAUAUUAUGGAGCAUCUUUUUGCUGCAGGAAAGGAAAUGCCAAGACAAUCCUAAUUGAUCUGUCUUGUCUUAAAACCUGGCAUGAAUAUGUUUCUCAUGCAGUCAUGUCGUUUCAUGGUGGAGCUUCUGGUGAUGGAAUAACGUUCCCUACAGAACUGAAAUGCAGGGCAUUUUAUAGAGACUGGAAAGAAAAUGUUUACAACGAGAAACGACCCUGUGCAAACUGUAAAAAACUGUUCAAUCUGCCAAACGCAGACCCUGAUAAAGUAGAACAUCCUUUUGGGAACUGUGCUGAGACAGAGUGCCUGAGCAAACUCCUGAAGAAUGAUCAAUACAUGCAGCAGAAAGCAAUGAUUCCAAAUCACUCAGAGGAACAUUUAGAGAAACUCAGAAAUUCAACAAAGGCACGAUUGACAGUGCAGCUUAGAAAGGCUGGCAUUGAAUGUACUGAUAAUAACUUUCUCUUUUACAACCCAUGUGUAAAGCAAAAUGUUACAAUUUGUUGAUGGCUGAGGACACCAAAAAAUGGCUUUUUAUGGUACAGAACAGGAUUUCUGGCCAUGGUCACAUGUCCCUCUCUUCAAAAUUCAUCAGGAUUAUUCUUAUAUAGUGUUGCAUACAAUUGCAAUUGCAUACAAAUGACUAAUAACUAGUUUCUGAGUAUAAGGUCCAGUAUGCAUGAUUUGAAAAUGCUUAGUAUUGAAGAUGCAUACCCAGAACUGGCUGCUUUUUUAAAAUGUGAAUACAAUAGACACUCUUAUUCCACAAUGCAAUGCAAAACAGAAAGAGAGGAGCUACUAAUGUCUAGAACAAUAUCAGAAAAAAGUUAGAUAAUGAUGCAGGUCCAGCAGCACAGGUGGCUGGAGAACUUACCGUGACUUAUAUAGGAAUUGCAAUAAUUCAUCUCUUCCUGA